AUUUCAAUAAAUACCGAAGUCGAUGUACAGACGUGGCAUUAUUAGUUUUACACAUCUACUAAUAAUACUGUGGAGACUGAAAAAUAUUUCGUACAACUUCAAAAAUGACUUAUAUUGUUAAUUUAUUAUUAACGCUAUCGAUCAUCGGUGCCAUACUAUUAAUUCCUUCAAACGCGGAGGUAGAAGAACAUGAAAAUGGGAUCGAAACUCCAAAAACUAAUGAACCAAAAGCGAAUCCCAAUCACUUGCUAAUCAAUCCACACACUCCUUUUUAUUAUUUAUCAAUGGAAUCAGGCACAUUAAAAGUUGAUAAGAAAACAGACGUGUACGAAAAGUUUUAUUUAGAUGCUAUUAAUUACUACAAGAAUCCAGCUCACGAUGAUAAUGAUCGAAUAUAUAUAAAAUUAUUGAUUUUCGUUGAAAAUUACGAUAUGGACUGGAGAGAAAAAGCAAAUGCAUUCCAACUUAAAUAUUACUGGGAAGUCAUCAAUAAUUACUUUAAUGCAUUAUCUAAUGGAAAGAUUGUAGUAACCAUCGUUGGAGUUAUUUCAUUAACAGAAAGAGACGUGUUAGACACCGAUGCUAUAAUGAGCCAACGCAAAAAUAGAAAUUCUAGGCCAGAAAGUGGUUUAGAUGCACAGUUUAUUGUCAAAGAAAUAAAAAAAUUUUUGUAUAACAACAAAGCUACGUUUAAUGAAACUGAGUAUGAUAUGUUUGUGUUUAUGACACGCUCAACUUUAUCUGUUAAAAAUAAGAGGAAAUUUGAGCCUGUACAAAGUUGGGCAGGAGGACGAUUCUGUUCAUCUCAAAAUAAUGCUAACACUAUGCCUCCGGGUUUAGUUAUGGAAAAUUCAGUACAAUAUGGUUACCUCAGUACCACUCAAUCACUUGCUAAGAGCAUUGGAAUUGAUUAUGAUAAUAAACAUGGAUGUUCUGAUGGUGAUGUUAUGGGUCUUCUUCAAAAUCUUCCAGCGCGAAAUGCUACUAAUUUCGAUGAUCAAGAGAAAUUUGAUUAUAAAUGGUCCGAAUGUUCAAAAACUCAAUUAAAUACUGUUUUAAGUGAUUCCAAAUUGGCGUGUCUUCACGAGAAGCCUGGGUUUUUGAAAGCAACACCAAAACCAGAAAGUACAGAAUCAGCUUAAUAAUGAAACAAAUUGGAAGUGAAAAAAAAUCAUUGCAAAUUCUGCUUUAGUUUUUAAAUAAUUUUCAGAAAAAAGAAUCUGAUGUAUCUUAAAUAAAAAAACAAAAUUAUUACAAUAAAAUCAAUGUAAUUUCAAAUA